AUGUUUGGAGUAAACAAAGUCACAAUUGUUGCCUUUACUAUGAUGCUUUGCAUCUUGCUUCAAACCAACAUUUCAAAAGCAGAUACAUUUCUUGCUGGUGAUGCUAAUGGUUGGGGUUUCAAGAUGAAUGGCUGGCCUAAUGGCAAGACUUUCAACACAGGCGAUGUUAUUGAAUUUAAAUAUCCAGUUGGAGUGCACAAUGUAGUAAAGGUGGACAAAGCAGGGUUCGACUCUUGCAAUGGUGUUGAAGGAGAACUUUUCAAUUCCGGAGACGAUAAAAUAACUCUUACACAAGGGACAUCAUACUUCAUUUGUACUAUCGGACCACAUUGUGCUAAUGGUGUCAAGGCUGUUGUUACCGCUAAUUAA